CAAAAUAUACACUAUACAAUAAUCAAAGUUUACAAGACGACAUCAAAAACGAAAAUAAUAAACGCACCAAAAGACAAGACUAUAAAUAAAUACUAAUAAACACACAUGGUCUAAAUUCCUCAAAAGAGAAAAGAAUUACAAAUUAAAUUUAGUUCUUGUUCAAGCUUCUCUCUUCAAGAUCACUACCUUACGUCUCUCUCUCUCUCAUUUUCAUCUUCAAUCUUCUCUCAUGAAUUUUUACAAGAACCAAAGUCUUUAAAUUAUUUGCUUUUCUUCACUAAUAAAAAAAACAACAACAAAGAGAAUGAAAGAGACAAUCAGGUGUUGCAUCGCUUGCAUUCUACCGUGUGGAGCUCUUGACGUAAUCAGAAUCGUUCACUCAAACGGACACGUGGAGGAGAUCAGUGGCACGAUCACCGCCAGAGAAAUCAUGAAGGCUCACCCAAAGCACGUACUCAAGAAACCAUCUUCUCCACCGUCAGAUCACGACGAGCGUGACGUCAUCUCAGCCACAAAGAUCGUCAUCGUCCCUCCCGAAGCUGAGCUCCAACGUGGCAAGAUUUAUUUCCUCAUGCCUGCAAAUAAAUCUGAUAAAUGCGCCGGCGGAGGAAAGAUCCGCCGGGAAAAAAGUAACGCAAUAAACGCCGCCGUCAAGAAACGGUCACAGAAUCGCCGGCAACAUCGUGACGGUGAUGAGAAAUGUAACGGCGAAAAUAAUGACGUUAAAGAUAAAAACUACGAGAACGAUUUAUUGAUCUCAUCUGAUAGAUACUUGACGGAGAUACUAUCGGAGAAAGUGGCGACGCAAAAAGAUCGGAGGAAAGGACGCGUCGGCGUUUGGAGGCCGCACUUAGAAAGCAUAUCGGAGAUCAUAAGUGAAGAUUGAGAAACGGCAUCGUUUUUGUGGAUUUCUUGAUAGUAACAAUAGCUUCUUUUUUUUCACCUUCAUUUUUUUUAACCUAUCGGCAGUUGUGCAUUUCAAUGAAAAUAUUCACGGAAAAAACAAGAUUUUUACUUCGUAUCAAUCACUUAAUCGCUUAAAACUUUUU